AUGGCCAAGUGCACACUGUGGCUGCUGCUGGCUCUCUGGUUCCUGGCCGGGGAGCUAUGGCCGGCGGCCGAGGCCCGGACGGUGCCCUAUGGGGUGAAGCUGUGUGGCCGAGAAUUCAUCCGAGCUGUCAUCUUUACCUGCGGGAGCUCCCGGUGGAGACGGAGGGACAUCCUGACUCAGGAAGCGAUGGGGGAAGCCUUCCCAGACACAGACGCUGAUGCAGACAGCCUGGCAGAAGAGAUGGAUGAGACCGUGGGCUCCAGUGAGUGGCUGUCCCUAACCAAGCCUCCGCAGGCCUUCUAUGGUGGUCAUCACAGCUGGCCAGAGACCCCUGGAGCUCUUCGGAGCAGGCGAGAAGUCCUGUCUGGUCUCUCCAGCACCUGUUGCAAGUGGGGCUGUACCAAGAGCGAAAUCAGCAGCCUUUGCUAA